AACGCACCAGCCCCGCGAGCUCGCGGUCGCCGGCGCGGUGCAGCCAUUGGCGGGAGAGGACUCAGACCGCAGCUCCUCGCCCCGCCUGCUCCGCAGCUGGACCGCGUUUACCUCAGCUACCCUGGCAGUGCAGGUUUGCACAAGGACCAUGGGCGCCGCGCUGGGAAUCGGCACGCGGCGGGCUCUCUGGCCCGGCCAGGCCUGCGGCGCCCUCCCGCGCUGGGCACCCUCCGCGUCUGCCCGAGGCUGCCACUCCAAGUCCGACUCGGCGCGCCCAGUGCCCCUGAAGAAGCGUGGAUACGAUGUCACCAGGAACCCUCAUCUCAACAAGGGGAUGGCCUUUACACUUGAAGAAAGGCUGCAGCUUGGAAUCCACGGCCUAAUCCCCCCCUGCUUUCUGAGCCAGGACGUCCAGCUCCUCCGGAUCAUGAGAUAUUACGAGCGGCAGCAGAGUGACCUGGACAAGUACAUCAUUCUCAUGACACUCCAAGACCGGAAUGAGAAGCUUUUCUACCGAGUGCUGACCUCGGAUGUGGAGAAGUUCAUGCCGAUUGUGUACACACCCACAGUGGGGCUAGCCUGUCAGCACUAUGGCCUGACCUUCCGCAGACCCCGUGGACUGUUCAUCACCAUUCAUGACAAGGGCCACCUUGCAACAAUGCUGAACUCUUGGCCAGAAGACAAUAUUAAGGCCGUGGUGGUGACUGAUGGGGAGCGCAUCCUGGGCCUGGGAGACCUGGGCUGCUAUGGCAUGGGCAUCCCUGUGGGCAAGCUGGCCCUGUACACAGCAUGUGGAGGGGUGAACCCACAGCAGUGCCUCCCUGUGCUGCUGGACGUUGGCACCAACAAUGAGGAGCUGCUCAGAGACCCUCUAUACAUCGGCCUGAAACACCAGCGUGUGCGUGGGAAGGCAUAUGAUGACUUGCUGGACGAGUUCAUGCAGGCUGUGACAGACAAGUUUGGAAUAAAUUGCCUCAUCCAGUUUGAAGACUUUGCCAAUGCCAAUGCCUUCCGCCUGCUCAACAAAUACCGUAACAAGUACUGCAUGUUCAAUGAUGACAUCCAAGGCACAGCCUCCGUUGCUGUGGCAGGGAUCCUGGCUGCUCUGCGAAUCACCAAGAACCAGCUCUCCAAUCACGUGUUUGUUUUCCAAGGUGCAGGCGAGGCAGCCAUGGGCAUUGCCCACCUCCUUGUCAUGGCCCUAGAGAAAGAAGGUGUACCGAAGGCAGAGGCCACAAGAAAGAUCUGGAUGGUGGACUCUAAGGGGCUCAUUGUCAAGGGGAGGAGCCACCUGAACCAUGAAAAGGAGAUGUUUGCCCAAGACCAUCCUGAAGUGAACUCCCUGGAGGAGGUGGUGAGGCUGGUGAAGCCCACAGCCAUCAUAGGUGUUGCUGCCAUCGCAGGAGCCUUCACGGAGCAGAUUCUGAGGGACAUGGCCUCCUUCCACGAGCGCCCUAUCAUCUUUGCCCUGAGCAACCCCACCAGCAAGGCCGAGUGCACGGCUGAGAAGUGCUACCGGGUCACCGAGGGCCGAGGGAUUUUUGCCAGUGGAAGUCCUUUUAAGAGUGUGACUCUGGAAGAUGGCAAGACCUUCAUUCCUGGGCAGGGAAACAAUGCUUACGUGUUCCCUGGGGUGGCACUGGGAGUCAUCGCUGGUGGGAUCCGGCACAUCCCAGAUGAGAUCUUCCUCCUGACAGCAGAGCAAAUUGCCCAGGAAGUCUCUGAGCAGCAUCUGUCCCAGGGGAGACUGUACCCACCACUCAGUACCAUCCGAGACGUGUCUCUGAGAAUUGCCAUCAAAGUUCUUGACUACGCGUACAAACACAACCUGGCCUCCUACUACCCAGAGCCUAAGGACAAGGAGGCUUUUGUAAGAUCCCUGGUCUAUACUCCAGACUAUGACUCCUUUACACUGGAUAAUUACAGUUGGCCCAAGGAAGCCAUGAAUGUUCAGACGGUCUGAUGCAGUACCAGGAGCUGGUAUGGGGCUGGAUGAAGCCCAGCAUAACACCCACAAUAUAAAUGGGUUACAAAAUGGCCCAACUGAAUCCUUGUUGCUGUGUUUUUUCUUUUAAACUUUCUGGUUUGAUAGGAGAUACCAAGGCAUACGUGAAUAAAAGCCUUGUCUCUGAA